AUGUUUAACGUUGAUGUCAUAGACCCAUCCAGUGUAAAGUGGUACCUGUCACAUGAUGUCGUAAUCCCUGUCAAUCAAUCGGUGGACUUUGUUUUAAAGGGGGAGCUGAUGGAAGGGAGCAUGGUACAUGUGGAGUAUACCGGUCCACAAUACAUAAAGCGACUUGUUGAGGCGACAGACAACAGAUGGAGCCAAGAAUUUACAGAAGCAGGCUUGUAUCAAACCUUUGUAACCAUGGCAACUGGCAAUGCUGGCUCAAACACCAUUGAAAGCCUCCUUCUGGUUCAAGAGAACAUCACUGGUUUACAGUUGACUGGGCCACAGCGAAUUAAACUAGAAGCACUUGCUAAGGACUAUUUCUGGGAGGCUAUCAUCCGCUCUGGGACAGAUGUUAUGUACCUGUGGUCUCUCCUUCCCCUGAGUGAGGAGCCUAACAUCACAGGGGUCCCCUAUGGUGUUUUGGACAAGCAUCGCAGGCAUUUUCAGGACCCAGGAAUUUAUAAUCUUGUUGUAUCCGCCCGCAAUAAUGUGAGCCAAGCUGAGGCCAAUUUACUUAUCAUUGUGUCACAUCCUGUAAGCAAGGUAACUGUCCAGACACGUCCAAUUCCACUGGGCAGCACAAGCAACAUCACUAUCACAGCAAUAGGAGCAGAUAACGUGAGUGUACAAGUGGAUUUUGGGGACAAUUCAUCGACAGAGGUUGUAUUACAGUCCAACUCCAAUGUAUCCACUUACAACGAGACAAUCCUCCAUCGCUAUACAAGUAAAGGAACAUACAUAAUCAGGGUCAAUGUUUCAAACCAAGUGUCAUUUUUAGAGGAGACCGGAGUCGUGUUGGUUGGUGAACCCAUCACAGGCAUAAAACUACAUACAACCUCACCAGCCAUAGUACAGGUGGCAGAAUGGGUCGUCGUCACGGCAACAGUCGCUACUGGAGAUGACCUCACUUUUGAGUGGGAUUUCUCUGACGAAGUUUACCAGACCAGCCAGUACCUGAAAGUUAUAAGUGAGGGGAACACAAGCACAGCUAACUACUCAUUCUCCAUGGCUGGGCAGUACGCCGUCAGUGUCCGGGUCUACAACAUCCUGUAUACUGAGCCGUUCACUGAAACUCUCAACUUUAAUUUCCACGUGAUGGAAGUGGUCAGUCAGCUGACUAUCGAAAUCUACAAGAAGAUCACAGGGUUACCAUUGCAGGGGUCCGCCCCUAACCUGUCUACCCCCGUGGUUUACUUCCAGUCAAAGUGCACAGGUUCAGAUGUGACAUUUGAAUUUAAUUUCGGGGAUGGAAUUACAAAGCAGGUGCCGGGAAAACUUCUCCAGUAUGUCGAAAUUAUGAUGGCUGAAUCUUCUCAUCGCUACACCAAAGAGGGAGUGUACAAUGUUAGUGUAACAGCCAGGAACAGCCUCUCUGAGAUGACAUCAUAUCUGGCCAUGCCCUUUUACGUACAGCUUCCCCCUCAGGGACUCCAGCUACACCCAGAGAUGAUCCGUACUCCGUUUGGUCCUCUGGUGACACAUGAAUACACACAGGUUGGCAGGUAUAAAGUCACUGUUAUUGCCAAGAAUGAUGUGUCCCAGCUAACGAAGACGGCAGAAGUAGAGGUUCUCCACAGACUCCAGAGAGUGAAUUUAGUGCUGACAAAAACAGUUGUCGCAACAUAUGAAGUGUUGUUGUACAGAGCAGAAACCUUCCCAGAAAAUGCGGAUGUUAGUUAUUUUGAGUGGAAUUUUGGAGUACAGGGAGAGCCUAAACAGUCGUAUGAUCCAUUUAAGACACACAUGUACACUAUACCUAGCAGAUAUACUGUAACAGUAUCUGCUCAUAAUUCGUUAAGUCAUGUGGAAUCGGAACCAAUGGUUGUUUUUGUCCAAUCACCUGUCAGCGAAAACCUUGAGAUACGAUAUGAUCCUAAAAAGAGACACCAUAUUGUGGAUGAGGAGAGCUCCUUCUCUGUCUACCAUUUUAGUGGUAACGACCUCUUCUAUACCUGGGACUUUGGUGAUGGAACUGAAAAUAAAACUACCCAAUCCAAGACAAUGAGCCACAUUUAUACCAGUGUGGGCGAGUAUGUUAUUCGAGUAUGGGCAAAAAACAUGCUGAGUAUGACAUCAGCCAGUGAUAAUAUUUUCGUACUCAGAAAGAAGUGUGUAAAACCAGAGUUAGUCAUACGUGGAGAAUUUACUAAAGGAGAGAGUGUAUCGAUCCACGUAAAUCGUUCUAAAGAGUUGUAUGUAGAAGUGGAGCUGAAGAAUGUAGACUGUGAUAUCACUAAUGCCACAGCGUACCGGUGGACAUUUUAUAAUGCCUCGUCAGGGCGCGAGGUGGAGCUCAACACUUUAGAUGAUGACGUACUGCGAAAGAAAAUAUUGAGAAUACCAGCAAGAGUUCUGCCUUAUGGAACCUAUGACCUCAAAGUGACGGUGAUGGUGAGGGGAACAAUCGUACACUCUGAGUGUCAGACAAAAGUCAGUGUGGACCCCACACCACUCAGGUGCUCCAUCAAAGGAGGUUUGUACAGAGAGGUGAGAAGGGACAGUCUUAUUGUGCUGGAUGGAGCAAACUCCUUGGACCCUGACACCAACAGCCAAUCGUCACUCAGGUUUAACUGGACAUGCUAUGUGGAUUAUGAUAAAGGAAAGCCCUGUUUCAAGGAAAAUUUUACAGAUACUGUUACCAUGGAUACAGUUCGUAUAUCAUUUCCGGGAGGCUUGCUGAAAGAGAAUAAGAUGGAAUUCAUGAUGACAUUAACACUGAUGGCAGAGAAUAGGGACCACGUGGAGUGCUCUCAGAUGAUCCACGUCAGCCGCAUACUAGAGUUAAGCAUCUACUGUCCCCAGUGCGAGCAGUCACUGGUCAACUGGGACUGGCCACUGUCCUUUCAGGCUGUGUGUACUAGCUGUGACCCCAUCGACCUUGAGUAUGAGUGGACGAUGUAUAUGGUACCUGAUCUUGGUCAGAGUGAUGUGAACCACCGGUAUGAUAAGUUCAGUCGAUCAUGUGCCAUCGCUGGUCAGACACACAUCUCAAAACUGGUUCACACCAAUAAAACCGUCCUCAUCAAUGUUGAUCCCAGCCACUUCAAUGCUAGAGUGAUUCCAGCAGACACGCAAUAUACCAGGACUGAGGAAGUGAAUCAGAGAAAAACUAGCACAACUACACCACAGUCUGUCGGUCUGUUUUACCCUAUUGAGGAUCACGGUGAAGGGAGAUCUAGAGCAAAGGAGUUUUCAUCGAUAACAUUUCAAGAAAGUAGAUUAAUAUCUGGACGAAAGAGAGGAUCGGAUAAUGUACAAAACAUAUUGGAUACUGCAGACAUUCCCCAAAAAGAUGGUAGUCAUGCUAGAUUGAAUAAAGCGCAAGUUCCCCCAAUUGAAAGAAGUCUUGAUACAGAUGAUAUUCCAUAUGAGGAGAGCAGGCAAAAUACAUUGGACAUUGCAGAUAUCCCUCAAAUGGACAAUGUACAGAAUACAUUGGACAGUGCAGAUAUACCUAAAACUGAUCAUGGCCAAAAUACAUUGAACAUAGGAGAUAUCCCCCGAACGGACAAUGGGCGAAAUACGUUGAACAUUGGAGAUAUCCCCCGAAUGGACAUCCCCCGAAUAGACAAUGGGCGAAAUACGUUGAACAUUGGAGAUAUACCCCAAAUGGACAAUGGACACAAUACAUUGAACACAGGAGAUAUUCCCCAAAUGGACAAUCCACGCAAUACAUUGAACACAGAAGAUAUCCCGCAAAUGAAUAAUGGGCACAAUACAUUGAACACAGGAGAUUUCCCUCAAAUGGACAAUGGACGCAAUACAUUGAACACAGAAGAUAUCCCCCAAAUGAACAAUGGACGCAAUACAUUGAACACAGAAGAUAUCCCCCAAAUGAACAAUGGGCGUAAUACAUUGAACACAGAAGAUAUUCCCCAAAUGAACAAUGGACGUAAUACAUUGAACACAGGAGAUAUUCCCCGAAUGGACAAUCAACACAAUACAUUGAACACAGAAGAUAUCCCCCGAAUGGACAAUCCACACAAUUCAUUGAACAUAGGAGAUAUCCCCCAAAUGAACAAUGGGCGUAAUACAUUGAACACAGAAGAUAUUCCCCGAAUGGACAAUCAACACAAUACAUUGAACACAGAAGAUAUUCCCCGAAUGAACAAUGGACGCAAUACAUUGAACACAGAAGAUAUCCCCCAAAUGAACAAUGGACGAAAUACAUUGAACACAGAAGAUAUUCCCCGAAUGGACAAUCCACACAAUACGUUGAACACAGAAGAUAUUCCCCGAAUGAACAAUGGACGCAAUACAUUGAACACAGAAGAUAUCCCCCGAAUGAACAAUCCACACAAUACAUUGAACACAGAAGAUAUUCCCCGAAUGGACAAUCCACACAAUACAUUGAACACAGAAGAUAUUCCCCGAAUGAACAAUGGACGCAAUACAUUGAACACAGAAGAUAUUCCCCGAAUGAACAAUGGACACAAUACAUUCAACACAGAAGAUAUUCCCCAAAUGGACAAUCCACACAAUACAUUGAACACAGAAGAUAUUCCCCGAAUGGACAAUCCACACAAUACAUUGAACACAGAAGAUAUUCCCCGAAUGAACAAUGGACGCAAUACAUUGAACACAGGAGAUAUUCCCCAAAUGGACAAUGGGCGUAAUACAUUGAACACAGGAGAUAUUCCCCAAAUGAACAAUGGACGCAAUACAUUGAACACAGGAGAUAUCCCCCAAAUGAACAAUGGACGCAAUACAUUGAACACAGGAGAUAUUCCCCGAAUGAACAAUGGACGCAAUACAUUGAACAUAGGAGAUAUCCCCCAAAUGGACAAUCCACGCAAUACAUUGAACACAGGAGAUAUUCCCCAAAUGAACAAUGGACGCAAUACAUUGAACACAGGAGAUAUUCCCCAAAUGAACAAUAGGCACAAUACAUUGAACACAGGAGAUAUUCCCCGAAUGAACAAUGGACGCAAUACAUUGAACACAGGAGAUAUUCCCCAAAUGAACAAUGGACGCAAUACAUUGAAUACAGGAGAUAUUCCCCAAAUGGACAAUGGACGAAAUACAUUGAACACAGGAGAUAUUCCCCAAAUGGACAAUGGACGAAAUACAUUGAACACAGGAGAUAUUCCCCAAAUGGACAAUAGGCACAAUACAUUGAACACAGAAGAUAUUCCCGGAAGGGACAGUAGUCCUGUCACUCAGAAUUCUGCAGAUGUUCCUAACAUGGAGAGUGGUCACGAAACCCUGGACACAGCAGAUAUAUCUCAUAUAGAUGAGUCACAUUUUAACAUAUACAAUCCAAUAAUUGAGGAAAACACAAGAGUGGAAAGCUCCAGACGAAAGCCUAAUCCCCACACAGACAUGUUUGAAGUAAAGGAGGGAAGCCCUGGUGAAGAGGGUAGCUCUAUUGCACGUAACCCAGCCUACGACAACGACAUAUUUGAAGAAAUAAGCUCUGGCAAUCGACAAAAACCAGCUGUAGAUGAUAAUGAAAACUCGUCAGAGAAUGGAAACCACCCUGUUAUCAGUGAUACGUUUGGGCCAAGUGAACCUGCUAGGCAAAAACACAUCCUACAACAUGCUCACUACCCAAUGGUGCUGGUGUGGAGUGCCACGCUGACAGGUCUUAACAAGCGGUCACUCGUCUUAAAACCAAACAAUGAGGCUAUCCAACAAGGCAGUACAUACAUCAUGCAUGUCAAGGCCACAAGUAAAGAUGGUUUGGCUAAAGGUCAUGCGAUGGCCCAGUUCAAGGUUAAUCAGAGUCCCCACCAAGGUGACUGCAGUGUAAAACCAGACUCCGGCUUUGAGAUGUCCACUGAGUUUACAAUCUUUUGUAGAGAAUGGAGGGAUGUCGAAGAGCAUUUGCCACUUUGGUACGAAGUGAGUUACAACUUGGAAGAAACUGAUGUGCGAUAUGUGAUCUACCGCGGACUACAGUCGUCCAUUAACUUCAUACUCCCGGCCGGAAAUCCCAACAACAACCAUCGAGUGUUCGUGUAUAUCACUAUUCUGGACAGCCUGUCGGGCCGCACGCCUGUCUGCCAUGCACCCCUCACUGUUAGACCGCAGCCUCCUGAACAAUUCGAGGUGACCUUCGAAGCCAUCCCAUCGCCCGAGGAAAUCAUAUUUUAUGAGGCUUUCAAUGGAAAUGGAUCUAUUGUCAAGGCUCAGGAGCAAGGAUAUGAACACAGAGUCAAGGUGCUUGUCCGUUACCUAGCAACAAGACUCAACCAACUUCCACAGUAUGGGUCAGAGGUCAAUGAACAGAGACAGGAGAUACGCCACAAACUUUUGGGCAUCCUCAAACAUCUGCCUAUGAGAGAUGAGCUCGAGGUGAUACAGACGCUACAGGCCUUGGCGGCUCUCACAGAAGUCGCCAGCGAGCUGAACCAAGCAGAGCUGGACCUGGCUAGCGCUGUGUUUAGAUCAAUCCUGGAUCGUGCAAGCGAGUUGUAUGGUGAGGCUCUGACCCCUACGCAUGAGCUACUGACCCUGGCCGUAACCACUGCCUCCAAUGUUAUUAGUGCCACCGUCCGCAGUGCCGCUCGGGAUGAGGCAGACCAGCGCUGGUUCUACCACACUUCCAUGUCUACGUCAAUCCACACCCUUGACCAGCUACUCAAGAAUGAGCUGAAAUUCCAUGCAAUCGGCCAAGAACCAAUCAAGAAACAUGCUCACUAUGUUGAAACCAUGGCGGCAAGAUUCAGUUUAAAAGACAGACCUGUUCUUGCAAUUAACCAAUCAAAAUUCUCAUUACCAAAGGAUAUGUCUGUGAUAAUGAAGAAAGACAACUGCCCAUUGGAUACUUUUUCACCAAAUCAUGACUGCUUUCAGGUCCACAUGACUAAAUUUCUUGGCAACCCUUACGAGUUUGAUCACAAUAAAAAUACAAAGGUUGUCUCAGAAGUGGGUGCCCUGAAAAUUUACACAUGUGAUGGUGAAUCAGUUGAAGUGAGUGGUCUCCAGGACGACAACAUGGUUACUAUGGAGAUCCCGCGACUUCCUCUUAAGGAGGAGACAACUCUGUCGGAGUUAAUUGUACAACAUAGACUUGAGCGGACUUUGAUGAACCUCCAUCAGUUCAAUGUGAGUAGAGAACACCAACACCAGUCCCUGAACAUCAUCUUCACACUCACUCCAGCCUUUGAGGAUCGCCUCUUCCCGAUCGCCUUGAUGAUUGGGUUCCAAGGCCCACCCACCCCAGACAAUUACCUGCUGAGGCGUGAAUUUGAUGUGACGUCCUUACAGGCCAAGCUCUUCCUGCCUGCUGGUUACUUUAAUGUAACAGGCAGUUACUAUCUGGGGGUAGUGGACGGUGGCUACAACUCGGGCAGACACAGACAAGGGGAGGCUACUCAGAGAAACUACACCUUAAAGAUAUGGUGGGCAAACUGUCUCUACUGGAAUGAUUCCGAGAGUGAAUGGUCAGAUGAUGGUUGUUGGAGCACAGGAGAGUCGACAUUUUAUGUCACACACUGCCGCUGUAAUCACCUGACUGCGUUCGGUAGCCACUUCGAUCUUGUUCCAAAUGAAUUAUCCUUCAUCGCAGUAGAAGACUUUUUUUCUCACCAUGAAAACCUAACUACAGUGACAUUAUUGGUCAUCAUUUUAUGUCUGUAUGCCAUUCUCAUGGUCAUCUGCCAUCGUGCAGACAUCCACGAUGCCAAGAAAGGGGGGAUAACUUAUCUACAGGAUAAUACUAUCACUGAUCAACAGCGCUUUGAGGUUACCGUGGAAACAGGCUUCAGAAAAGGGGCUGGAACUACAGCAAAGAUCAGUCUCAUUCUCCAUGGAGAGGAAGGCAUGUCGGAGACAAGGGAGCUAAUCACAGAUGACCCUCGACCUCUGUUUGAACGAAACUCAAGGGACAAGUUCAUUCUUACGUUACCGGACAGUAUUGGUAAAAUCUGGAAGGUACAGAUUUGGCACAACAACUCUGGUCAGAGUCCUAGCUGGUACCUCAGUCGAGUCAUCGUGAAGGACCUCAACAAUGGUAAUAUAUACUACUUCCUGUCAGAGAAGUGGCUGGCCGUAGAGGAGGAGGACGGGAAAGUGGAGCGUGAAUUCAUGGCACUGGAGGGUAGUCUGGGUGUCAGAAGGGUGUUCUGGGCCAAAGGUACCCAGUACAUGGCAGACUACCACCUGUGGACGUCCCUGUUUACUCAUCCGUCCCCCAGUCAGUUUACACGUACCCAGCGUCUCACCUGCUGUCUUACCCUGCUCAUGAUGUACAUGUGUCUCAAUGCCGUGUGGUAUAAACAGACUCCAUCAGAGGUAAGAGGAGAGUUUGGAUUAUUGGACCUAUCGCUGCGGAAUGUGACCAUUGGUGCUAUUUGCUGUGCAGUAACCAUUCCUGUCAACCUCUUCUUGGCUAUGCUAUUCAGGAGAAGCAAGAAGCAGAAGUCAACAGGUGAGGUUGACCCUGAGUUAGAGGAGGAGAAAGAUAAACACUACUCGAGUGGAAAACCAGAUGGUGUCCCCCAGGACGAUGACGAGGAUUCUGAGGCUGUCCAACCUGUAAUGACGUACAGUAUCCUUGACCAGUCCAUCUUGAACUGGCCAAGCAUUCAGGACUGGGCACAGAAACAGUGGAUGAAACGCCAGCAUUCCAGCAUGUCUAUAGAGGAGACAACAAGCGGCAAAACCAACGACAACACCUUACAACAGCGACAGACAACUCUCACGCCCACACAUAUACUCCAUAAGAGGGUGAUUGGUUCGGAGACGGACCAGGCUUCCAGCGGGUUUGAAGAUUCCAACAGUACUGACCCUCGUCCACAAAUGACCAUCAGCUCCCAGGCCAGUAGUAUAAAGAACAAAGCUCCGUCUGUUUCCAGUUCUGUCAGUCAAAAGUCGUCAGUUUUAAGCGCCAGAAAGACGUUUGAGCAGCGUUGGUUCCUGCCUUAUUGGUUCCAGUAUGUGGCCUGGACUCUGUGUGCUAUCAUCUGUCUGGGCUGUGCUGUUAUCACAGUCUUGUAUGGAUUCAGGUUUGGUCACACCAAGGGGAUGAUGUGGCUACAGUCCCUUUACUUCAGCGCCAUUGUCUGUAUCUUCAUCUCCCAUCCUCUUAUGAUCUGUAUAGCAGUAGUUUAUACAGCAAUCAAGUACAGAAACAAUCCUUCCAUCCUGGACCACUAUGAGGAUGGAGCGUUUGGGGAGCAGGCCAAACUGGAAAUACUGAGGAGGAAGAAAGAAAAGGCCAAGGAAACGCUGGACGAACAUAAGGAAAUAGAGAGGGGUGUGGCAGCCAGACAGAGGUCACGGUACCUGAGAUUUGCUCGACCCCCACAGGAGAAACAAUUGAUUGAGGCGAGGAAGAAAAUACUACAGGAGAAGAAAGCCAUGUCCCUAAUCAGUAAUUCUGCCGGUUUCUGUGUGAUGUUUAUCCUUCUAUGUGUCAUGGCCUUCGGGAAGGACAUUAUUACCUCCCCUUUCUACCUCAACCAGGCCAUCAAAGAUUUGUUAAUCAGGUCUGGCCCUGUAAAGUUUGCCGACAUCUCUCGACCUGGGGACUGGUACAAGUGGAGUCAAGCCACCAUGCUAGAUACCCUGUACACUGACUACAGUCACUAUAACAAUAACUCCAAGGUUGUACAGAACUUUGCCCUUCAUGGCAGCAGCUUUGUGAUUGGUCAGAUUCAUUUGCGCCAGUUGAAAGUAGUUGAGGAGCCCUGCGCACAAAAGUUACCUCAUCUGCCUGAGUAUUGUCUCUAUGACUAUGCCUACACCAACAAAAUGUCCGACAUUUCACCAGACAUGAAUGAAACUUGGACGGAGAAAACUUCCCUUUUUAAGAUCUUCGGACAGCAUGGCAUCUACGACAACUCUGGUUAUGUUAUCAAGUUGGACAACUCCAGAUCAAAGGCAUUGUCCCAGCUACAUGAUCUAGAGUACAGAGGCUGGAUAAACAGACACACUCGGGUGGUCAUAGUAGAAUUCACCUUAUUUAACGCUCCAACAAAUCUCUUCUCAUCCGUCACGCUGUUUAUGGAACUACCACCAACAGGGGGCGCUUUCCCUGACCAUCGGGUCGUGUCAACCUACCUGUACCGUUAUAUGUCAGCCGGGGAUAACUUUGUAAUGGCUUGUGAGUUGUUUUUUGUGAUCCUGACACUGUACAAACUGAAGAAGGAAGUGUGUGACAUGAUCAAACUGAAGAGGAACUACCUUCACAGUGCUUGGAACAUCGUACAGUGUUUGAUGGUGGGGCUGUCGCUCACUUUCAUUGCCUGUUACCUGUACCGGUUUAUGCUGGUGUGGGAAGCCUUGGAAAACAUGCGCAGUACCUACUUUGAACAGUUUGUGGAUGUGUCCCUCCUUGCUGUAUGGGAUGAGAUUCUCCGGGUUCUAGUUGGAAUUAUUUUGUUCUUAGUGUUCAUCAAAUCGCUAAGGUUGCUAAGAUACAAUAAGCUGUUUGCCUUAUUUGGCAAUGUCUACAGACGAGUCCAUAAAGAGAUCAUCAUAUUCACAGCAUUAUUUGUGGGAUUGCUGAUGGCCUUCUCCAGUCUUGGACUCCUCUUGUUCGGUUCCUUCUGCUGGUCAUUCCACGACUACUGGACAACCUUGUUUACGAUGAUGUCCCUGAUGGCCGGUCACUAUCAACAUCCAAACACUGAGCACACCAUGUCUUAUUUCCUACGUGUUUUUGUUUUCUGUUUUUGUGUGUUCUUCACUGGAUUCCUCACGUCAUAUGUCAUAGCCUUCCUAGCGUUCCGAUUUAGAAUCUACCGCAGAAAACAGGGUGACAUUCUGGCGAUGAAUGGGCGUGAUGCACUGCUGUUUUAUUGGAAGCAGUUCCUGCUGUGGACUGGAAUACGUUACGAACCACCCGUACAUGAACCAGAGAAUGUGCUUCCAGCAGAGUUCACCAUGGUAGAGAUUGAAUAUCAGGUUGAUGAAUUGUAUUUCCGGAUAAACGCUCUGUCAGGGUUACACAGUCUUCCUGAGAAACCUACUGGGUAUCUGACCGACUCUGAUGGAACGUAUGGAGUCGGAGACGAUGGCAUCUCUAGUGGCGGCUCAGAGAUACAGCAGGGAGAGGAGGAACGACUUGACCAGCGUGUCCAGCAGAUCGAGGAUUAUCUCUACUCACAGGAACCAUACUUGGCCCAGCUACUUAAAACUGACAAUACCGACCCAGACCUUUUAUCUCAGGAAAAGGAGAAGCAACUCAAAUCACACCUGGAAAUGGAGAUUUUCCGUCAGCUACAGAUUCAGAGACGAGAUACUGAUCAGCCCACAAGCUCCGCAGUCAAGGCAGGCAGUUCUCAAAGCAAAAAGGUGGAAACAGAUGGGGCUAAAGGUGGGGCUAAAGACAACGGUCCUGAGGAUCAAAAGAAAAGUGUAUAUUCCUAUGCCCCUCCUGAGGAGUCAAACUCUAACGAAAGUUGUGACCUUGACACUCAAACUAGCACUUCUUCCAACCCAGAGUCACCACGGGAACAUGACAAAAAUAGCACUAAGGCAACCAUUGAGAAACAAGUGCGGGUGUCAGUAUGUCAGACUGAUAAAACCGGAUCACAAUCAUCCGACUCGGACAAAGGCUUGUUUACUAAGGGUCUUAAAAAUGAGGUAAAACAGAAAAAACCUGAACCUCCUCCAAAGCCAACAUUUAUUAAUCAUAGUCUACGUGAUGCUGUAUCCCAUGAUGCAUCUCGCCCAGGGGUGAUGGGAAGUCCUGCCCUUCGGCAGUUACGGUCGAGUCUCAACACCAUAGAGAGGCUGUCAUUCAAGGGAGAUAACAGUGGAAGUAGCUUUACUACCGAGUCAAGUUCUGGGUCUGAGCAGGAUGCUAUUCAUGGUAUGCAGAGACCGCUCGGAAAACAGCGUAAUUUACGGAAGACAAAAUCACGCGGAAAAGGUAAAGGUUCCGUGAAUCUAACAGGAAGUCUCCUGGAUGAGCUGGAUACAGAGGAUAAAGAGGAGCUAGAACAAUACGAGUUUGAAAUCCAAAAUACAGAGGAUCAAGUAGAACAAGAGAGCUCCCAGGACCAGUCGGGCUCAGCCAAUAAAACACCUUCUAACAAAGAACCAAAUGAUAAGGAGCCAAUCACGAAGCAGGAGACAAGUGACAACAAAGAGGACACAGUGAGAUGUUCUGUGAAAGACUCGAUUAAAGCUUUUGAAAAACGAGCAGUAAACAGUUCAUGAUCACAUGUCACAUUUUCAGGCAUUAGAGAUCAGAAUAUCACCAUUAUUGUUAGGGUUCUACUUCCAAAUAUUACAAUCUCCCACAAACAUUGUCUUUAUGGUUUAAUAGUACAUGUACAGCUGUUCAAAAUUAUCGCUGUAAGAAUUCAUUUCCUAGAUGAGAUAAGUAAUACCUACAUCCUGUGAUUAUAUUGAUAUCCAUGCUAUUUAUUAAUUGAAUUUUGUUAUAAGGUACAGUAUGAAGUUGGUAAAUUUAGAGCAUAAAAUAAUAUAUGGAACAACUAUAUUUUUAAUAAAUUACAUUAUACAACAGAAUUUUUGGGCAUGGAUACAUCUCACCCCCCCAACCCCCACCCCCUUCCAAAGUAGUACCGGGGUAGUUUAUAUCUACUUUGUAAACUUCCGUCCAUUAUAAGUAAUUCUAACACGAUUCGUUUGCAAUGCGUGUUUUGAUUGGUUGCGGACCGACUUCUAAUCUGCGAUAGAACCAUGACAUAUCGUGUUAAGCC